AUGAGACUUUUUGUGGCUGAUAACGAAUGGGCAAACUUUUGUUGGCAGUUUUUAAAUGUUUCCAAGGAAUUUAUAAUCGUUGGAUCGAAAGAGGAAUUUUCGGAUGCAAAUGUUACAUGCAUUCCAAUUUCAACCUGUUACGAUGCACGCUUUGGUUUUGUGUUUCCGUUGGAAAGACAAUUCUUUCCAUCAACGAAACUUUUAUGGAGCCAAUUCAACAAAAAGCGUUUCCGUUGUGAGCAUCAAAAUGAGUCUUUUGAAGUUUUGACGCAAGCUGUUGCUGUUAUUGGAUCAGACAAGUACAAAGAACAAAGCCGUCAAGUGAACUGUUCUGUUUCGGAAAAGAAUUUGACUUUUCACGCGUCACCUUUGAGUUUAACGCUCAGUUGUUUAAAUUGCAAUACGACGAUUGACGCGCCUCCAGACUGUCAGAAAUGUUUACAGCAGGUUAUUCAAAGAUGUACCAAUUUUAAUCGAAACAUGAGACCAAUGGCGUUAGAAAUGCUCAACGAAUUGAAACUAAUCGAUCAAAAAGAUCCCUUUAUUGCUAGGUUAAAAUUUUUACCAAUUGUGAAUGAAUCGCAAACGAAAAUUCUUCGACCAAUUGGAUUUGAUGGAACUAAAAACAGGAUACCUGUUUUGGAGCAAAAAAGCAAAACGAGACAAUGCCUCGAGUCGGAUCACAUGGAGAUGUUUAUGAAUGGAUCGGGCACAACCCGCGUGCUGUUGUCAAAUAUCUACGCAUUCAAAGAAAUCGAGAUGCUUUUCUUCUCGAUU